GUAUCAGUUCAUGGCUGAAAAUAAAUCUGACACUGUGGGAAAAUUACAUGAAACUAUAAAGCGACUGACAUUUGCAAGAGAUCAGCUGCAACUGGAAGUUCAUAAACUGGAGGAAAAGCUCCAAGUGGAAGUAGCAGCUUCUCGUCAUCAUAGUGAUGAGUCAGAGCGCUUGCGAAAGCAACUUGUGGAAGUGCAGCAGUGUGUGAAGCAAGGACAUAAUGAGGCAGAAAAAAUGAAGGAUAGGCUGAAUGCUCUUCAGGCUGAAUUAGAUGCACGUAUAAAUAGUGCAGAACUAAUGUCUGACAAUAAAGAUAAAGAGGAAGUUCAGCAGCUAUCCAACCGAUGCAUGAUCCUGGAAGCUGAAAAUCUCAGGUUAAGAGCGGAAUGUGUGAAGUUGAACAAACAGUGCAGUGACCAAAUUCAAAUUCAGGAAGAAUUGGAAGCACUGAAAUCACAUUUGUCAAGUCAUCCUAUUGGUAACUCCUUAGAAGAAGUGGAUGAACUUAAGAACCAGAGGUCAAAAAUGACUGAGAAGGUGAAUUGUCUUGAGGAAGAACUUGUGCUUGUGAAAGAGAGGUAUGCAAAAUGCAAUGAUGAACAAACUCGUCUGAUAAAAGAACUUGAAAUACUGAAACAAGACGGUGGUAGUUUGCUUAAUCAGACAUAUGCUGUGCCUGUUCACUUAUUUGUUUCCAUGGCCUUCGCUGUUAUGGCUAUUGUGAUGGUCAUUAACCAGUUGGUGUGACCACAGUUAUUAGACCCUUCAUCCUAUCCUAAAUAAUCCAUUAUCUUUAUCACCAUUACAGCAAUACUCUAGGCCAGCUUCUAGCUUAAGUCUGCCAGUCCACAU